AUGAUUGGACGAUUACUUGAGGCGGGAUAUUCGGGCAAGGUCACUAAGAGCCCACCAUUGAAGAAUGCAGAGAUUGCAGCAGUGUGCGCGGCGGCACGAGAGGUCUUCCUGAGUCAACCGACUCUGAUCGAGCUCAGUCCUCCUGUCAAGAUUGUGGGCGAUGUUCAUGGACAGUAUGCGGAUCUGAUUCGGAUGUUUGAGAUGUGUGGCUUCCCGCCGCAAGCAAAUUACUUAUUCCUCGGAGACUACGUGGAUCGUGGAAAGCAGUCCCUCGAGACGAUCCUCCUGUUGUUGUGCUACAAGAUCAAAUUCCCAGAGAAUUUCUUUCUCCUGCGGGGCAAUCAUGAAUGUGCCAAUGUGACGAGGGUCUACGGCUUCUACGAUGAAUGCAAGCGGAGAACAAACAUCAAGACCUGGAAAACGUUUAUCGAUGUUUUCAAUGCCCUACCUAUCGCCUCCAUCGUCGCCUCAAAGAUCUUUUGUGUUCAUGGCGGUUUGUCUCCGAGUUUGAAAAGUAUGGACGAUAUACGGCGCAUACAGCGCCCGACCGACGUGCCGGAUUAUGGUCUGUUGAAUGAUUUGGUAUGGUCAGAUCCAUCGGACACAGCUUUAGAUUGGGAGGACAACGAACGAGGGGUCUCAUUCUGUUACGGUCGAUCCGUCAUCAACUCUUUCCUUGCUACACACGAUUUUGAUCUGGUCGCUCGAGCGCACAUGGUCGUUGAAGAUGGAUACGAAUUCUACAAUGAUCGAUCCCUUGUGACCAUCUUCUCGGCUCCCAAUUACUGUGGCGAGUUUGACAACUUUGGAGCCGUCAUGUCAGUCUCCGAAGACUUGCUGUGUUCGUUCGAAUUGCUCAAACCAUUGGAUGGAGCGGCGUUGAAGAAGGAAAUGACAAAGUCAAAGCGGAAAAGUCUCCAAGCUCAUCAAAGUCCUCCGAAUCAGAGUUACGUGGCUCAAAGCAUCUAG